UCAAAAAAAAGUCAAAGUCAAAAAAGCGACCUCAAAGGCUGGAGGAGCUAACAGGCAGCGUGAAGCUUUCACGCAUGCGCAAAAAAAAAUAAAAUAAACAAAAAUAAAAUAAAAGAUUCAACUUAAGGUAUUAAAGCCACUUGUCCUGCCGACACACAAACACACUGGCUUGUCUUCACUGAUCCACAUAAAUAAAUAAAUAAAUAAUCAUUUUAUUUCUGAUUAGACCUUUACCCCCUCAGAGCAUAUUUUUACCAUUCAAGUGUGAGCUUUUCAAAAACAUGUACGUUCACAUGAACGAUUAACAGCCUGGCCAAGAACAAUUGCAUACUUCUUUGACACCACGUUGAUGGGAAGGCAACAUUCUGUUCUUCUAUUUAACAGGCAGAAAGCAUUUCUCAUCACAAUUAUGCAUUUGUAAGAAUGUGUGAUACAGUCGCUAGCUAAAUACACUUCCAAUAAAGUCUAGAUAGGUUUAGGAACAACAAAGUUAAUUACAGUGAUUACAAAUUAGAAAAGAAUGAGAUGGACCACAAGCGUAACAGAGCACAUAUUAACAAUACUUAAGUACCUCAUAUUUGUCUAAACUCUACAGAACACUCAGCACAUGAAGCAAAUGUCAGAACUCCAGCAGCUUAAGCUCCUUCUGCUCUGUUGGCCAACAGCUUGACCGGUUCAUACACCUGGGUUUGGGUGGCAAGGAUUACAGAGAAGCUUCAAGACAUCUCUGUAAUCAGGCUUUCUGGGAUUCUGUAACGUUGAGAUUACCCCCAAUGUGAGAGUGCUGUUUUUUUAUUUAUUAUAAUUUAUAUAUAACUUUGUUAAUCGAUCAACCUGCUUUUUCUCAGUAAAGGCCUGUCUAACAUUCACACAUUUGCAUUCAAGUGUCUGUAAUUAGCUUUUUGGGUCACCUACUAUCUGUGAAAAGACCAAGAAUAAGCAUCACAGCCUCAUCCAACAGUAUAUUUUUAUUAGUGAGUCAUAUCAGGGCUGUGGCUACAACCUUGGCAGUGUGAACGGGGCUUAAAACAGCACUAAGACCUCCAUGAUGGGAAAAAAAAUAAAUAAUAAAAAGUAGAAUUUACAGAAAAUGAAAUUAAACAGUAAAACUAUUAAGAAAAGUGAAUGAAAAAUGUACUUAUUGUGGACGACUCUUAAACUUAGUAUAUAUCUAGAAUUCUGGUUACGAUCCUGUAGCAUGCAUGUUUUGUAUAAGUCAACAUAACAAGCAAAGAACUUGUUAUGUUGACAUAACAAGCAAAACAAAUAUGGGAUAUCAAACUAGAGAACUACAGUAUUUAGGCCAACCAGGAUACAAAUCAAGAAGGUCUUACUGUGUAUACUGUAACAGCCUGAUGUCUGUUGUCAUUAUAGUUGGUAUUGUUUGCUGUAAGUGUGUUCUUCCUCUUCAUUUUUUAACCUUGUGACAUACUGUUGAUCUUAAACCUUGAUUACCUCACAAGGCCUGUUUUUUUUAUGCUGUUAAUGAGGUGCGGUUUAAGGCUGGAUAACCUCCAGUUUAGAAGUCAAGAGCACCAAACUCUCAUCGUAACAUGGACACAUCAUCAAAACCUGAAAGUAUGUAGCAUGGCACUAAGCUGUUGUUUAUUAGUGAACCCAACAGGAUGUUAACAGCACAGUGGAUGAAGCUAAAAACGCCACCUGAUAAACUCAGCUCUGAUUAGCCUGAUGAGCUUAAAGUAUUACAUGUGAAUGCCUGCGUGUGUGUGUGCUGAUGCACUUAACAUGACCAUCUGUGUGCUGAGAAGAGAGAGGGAAGAACCCCCCCAACCCUCGAUCCUUCUUAUCCUCUCAGCUCCUUACCAUUGCAAGCCCUGCUUGGUAGACAGUUCACUCAACAGGUUGCAGGUGUCUACUGAAGAAAUAUAUGAAAACUAACAUGUGGAGGCUGGAUUUGGAAUGUUGGAGGGCUCAAAAGACCUUGUCUAACCGCCUACAGAGGUCCUAACCUAUGGAUUUACACUUUGUCUUUACCUUUUUCUUCUGACAAAUUUUUUGUCAACAAAGGUAACACAUUUUUCUCCAUUUUUCUCCGUUUGAAAAUGGGCUGCUCUCCAUCCAAAGGGAAGUUAUUUUUAAAGCCAGAUGCCCCUGGACUGCAAAAGGCUCUGCUGGCUGAAGAACCACAGGAUGUCAUUGAUUCUAGACCUGUAGGGGAGGAGAAAUGUUUGACGACCGAUGCAAAAGAAAAUGAACCCACUGAAGAACAUCUCAUUGAAGAGACUGCAGGUUCUCAGUUGGCCUUAAACACAACAGCUCCCCAAAAUGCAGAGGAGAUUAAAGAAACAGAGGUGCCCGGAGAAGUAGCAGAUGAGGUUGUACAACCAGUUAAGAUUAAAAGGAUAGAGAAAAGAAAGAAAAAUAAAGGUCAGCGACGCUCUUUGGGAAAGCAGAAGUCCUCUAUUGUCCAGGCAAAGUUGGACUUCCCACCCAAUAUGGUGAGGGCUCACCAAGCAGCCUAUGCCUUUCUGAACCCAAACAUUUCUAAAUAUGAGACUCUGUUGAACCUGCUGGACCAGGCUGCCCAGACACAGCUGUCCCUUCAGCCCCUGAUGUCUGCUUUGGUGUUGCGCUUUGAGGAGAUCAACCAGGGUCUAGAGGAGAUGGCUGAGGAGGGGGAGCUGAUGUUGAAGGAGCAUGGGGACUAUAUGGCCUUGCCUUCUGGGAUGUUGGGCCCAGUCGUUAUGCAAGCUAAACCUAGCAUAGCAACAGCCGGCUGUCCUAAUCCACCUCCAGAUCUGUUACAACAACUGCUGCAGCAUUCAACUGAGAAAAUGAGGCUUGUCGGGGGCUCAGUACAGGCACUGGGUGACACCACUCUUGAGGAAGCAGCAGAAUAUUUUUCUUCCCUUUCUAAUCUGCUGGUUGAAAAGCUGCAGGCCAAGCAAUCAGCAGAACAGAGGUUGGCUCAAGUGUUGGCAUGGGUAGAGGGAGCUGCAAUGAGGAAAUCUCACCCAGAGGAUUCAGCUCUGCACAGUGAGGACAGCGGUAUUGGCGGAGAAAAUGAGAGUCUGACAGGGUCUGAGAGACACCGCCACCACCGAGGGAGUGCUGGAUCUGGAAGUUGUGGGUCUGGAAUCAACAUUCGUGGUGCAUUUGAGACUCUGCCCAGUAAUUUACCCAACCUGGCAGGCCACAAUGAAGAUGAUGAAGAGGAUGAGGAGGAAGAUGAUGAUGAUGAUGAAGAGGAUGAGGAUGAUGAAGAUGAAGGUAUUCAGCCUGAAAGGAAGAGGUCAAACUCUUCCCCACCAGAUCCCAGUCAACCUCUCCUAUGCAUACAUGCAAAUUGCAUGCAGGAUCUGCAGUCUACAGUCAAACGACCCCUGACUGCAGUCACUGUAAGAAAACCGGAACACUCUUCAUCCACCAGAUGUGUAAACAUAAUUAUGGAGCUACAAAAUAGCCAGAGGGAGUUGGAUAAGCGAAUAAAGAAGAUGGCUGAAACCCGAGGAUACAAAGAGUUAGCAGGGCCUCAUUAUGACCUGUAUAGAGCUGGACUAAGACGGCAUUCAUUAAGCGGAUCAGCAGGUGCACAAAAAGGCCCAAUCAAAGCAAAUCAAUCCCCUUGUUCCUUACCACCUUUAACACCCCAACCGCCCAAACGCCAGUCUGUCAGGAGGCUGAUAAAUACCUUCAGCCAAGGGGUUGAUGGUAGACCAGGGCAGAGCCUUGCUAAUAUUCCACCUCAUAUCAGGAGGCCCAGAAAAAGUGAGAUCCUUCUCCUAUCUGACACAGUAAAUGGUAAUGAGAGGGGUUUAGUCAUCAAUGGCAACAAUAAUAACAACAGCUGGCCUGACAGCAAGUAUGAUCUGGAUGUAGACAACCUACCACCUCCACCUCCAGAGGUUCUGAUGGACAACUCCUUCCAGAGUACUGACAGCAAUGAAAGAAAUGAGGAAAUGAUAAUUAAAAACACCAGAGUUUCCCAGCGUCUAAAAGCAUCCAUGCAGAAUGUGGAAGUGCUGCCAAGUCGUGUCAGCGUGACAUCAAGAUUGAUUGGUAUCUCAUCUGCCCGUCCUGUUAGGCAGGAUGCCGAUAUGGGGAUGCAAGAUGCAGACCAGAAACCAGAUACUGAUCUGCACCGAGAGAUGGACAAGACUAACUGUCUCUACCAACAGGCAAGGAAGACCAUUCACCUGCGCAAUGCAGCAGAAUGUCGUGACAAGAGGAACAUUGCAGAACUAAGUAGCAGAGGACCUUCUCCCCUUCAAGCCAGAUUAGGUCAGAGAUGUGAAAGCAAUGAAUUUUAUGAGGGUGAGAUGUCCUCUUGCAGCCUGCCUGUGACAGCACCUCCUGUCUCUAGAGUACGCCUACCACCAUCUUGUCCCUCUGUGUGCCACAGAUUUCCAAGCCCUCCUGUGGUCAGACCUCAGACCCCUUCUAGGCCCUCAUCUCGCCCAGGUUCUCCAAGAAUGGUGACACGUGCCACAGAUAACAACACAGAAGAGAUCAUUCCAUCUGUGUCCUUUAGUGAUGCCCGUUCAGUCUUCUGUCUAAACGAGUCACAAAACUCUCAGCCCUCCAUCUCCUCUGGACGGUCUGUACUUCCCAGGCCAUGGGGAGAGACCUCACGAGGCAGGCUGUCCAUGAGAAGAAUAGACAACUCUACCCGUCGCACCCAAUCAGAGAGUCCUACCUUGAUCUCCCAUUCAGAGUUUACUAAAGAUGACAGUUCAGUGUCUAGCCAGGCCAAGGGAAAUGAGUCUGUUACCACAAAAUUUAGGCCGGGCAGCCCUCUGAUGACAGGAGACAACACCCAGUUGGAUUCAAGUGCCACUGUGACAACAGCCUAACAUGGCUGUGAUUGGCCAGUGAGCUAUGAGGUGGGAAGAGAAUGGAGAAAAGGAUUAUGGAUUAACAAGAUUCUGAGGUUUAACCCCUUUCUCUUUUCUUCCCUUUCCUGAUUAAAGGAGUUUGUUCAAUGAGUCGGUUUUAAAUACAUUUAUAAUGUUAAUCCAGGCGUUUUUUAAGCACUGAUUCCUAAAAAACCUUGUCAGAAUCUAUCUCUAUCCAUUUUUAGAAGGACAUUCUUGAUCUAUACUGAAUAUUGAAUCUAUACUCUACCCUGAACCUAUGUGAUGUUAAAGAUACUGUAUAUACAAACAUGCAUUGCUAUAGCAGCCACCAGCACCCCCAAAUCACUGAAUGUAAACCUCAGAGCUGGGAGAACAAGACUAGGUGGAGACCUAUCUUGGACCAUGCAUGAUGAGCACUAGUGUCUAAUGUGAAUUCCUGAACACUAAAUGUUCAUCUGCAAAUUUCGGAAAGUGUACUAAAAUAGCAUAUUGCAUGGUUAAGUUACGUUUGAGUCCAAAAUGUUAUCAGUGCAGUUUCAAGACGCUGUUUUCAUUCAUAUCUCCAGGAUGUCUCUCAUUUAUCUGUCACUCACACUGUGUUGAGUGAUUGUUAUUUAGAGUGUUUUAAUGCGUGUUCUUUCCCAUUGUUUUUCUCCUUCUCUGUUGGACUGUUACAGAACGUAACCAUCAUAUCCACUUCACACAGCACUAGAGUUUAUGUUGUCUUACAGUUUCAUUCCCUUUUGGUCAAUAUCAGGAAUUUGUCCAGCCAAAGGUUUUGAAUUUGGGGCUGCUAAUGGCUGCUCUAUCAAAUUCAAGAGUAAGCCUUUAACUUGCAUAAUUUUCACAUGUACUCAAGUGUUUCUGUGUUUGUUCUAUUUCGUGUUUGCACGGUUUGUAUUAGCUUUCUAUUUGUCUUUACCAUGUUUUCUAC